AUGAAGCCCAAAUUCAGCAGACACCCGGAGUAUCUGCUGCUUUACGGCACUGGCCUUCUCAACCCGUACAGCGCUACGUGCUAUCCCAGCGGCGUGCGUCUGCGCAGCGUUCUUCUGUCCAUCCUUCCUGAGAGUAUCGUGAGCGUCGCGAGCAACGACCUCAAGUAUUCCGACAUUCUCAACCUAAGCACUGAGCUGAGAAACGGAGGAUGUGCACACCUCAGACGUCUAUGGAUCCCAAACUGGCUCAACAUGAGGAUUUCAGCAGCAAGAGAGGGAUACGUGGACCGCUUCCAGCCUCUUGGUCUCGCCCUGGUGAUCAGAAACAUCGCAGAUAGACCCAUUGAGGGCCUGGCUGACGCCGCUCUGAAGGUCAAUAAUUGUGGCCCAGGUCAGCAGAUUGAUAACAUUAACACAAUUUACUGCGAGACAGGAAUUGGGCUGCCGCUACUGGACACCCUGUUCAAGCAUUGGUGA